AUGACCACCCACGAACAGCCCCCCUCGGUGCGCUUCAGCGAUGUCAACCAAGAAAUUGAGCCCACCGAGGCUGUCCAGACCCUGACCGACCUCACCGGCACCGACGCCGACUCCCACGAUGUCCCAAUGAGCCCCCAGGCCGCCGAGGAACUUCGCAAUCUGUCAUCCACAUUGCAAAAUGGUCGCUGCCAGGCCAAACGAAUGGAGCACUUUUCCUUUGAGCCCGUCUCCCUGCCGCCGUCGCGCACUGCUUCACCGACGCCCCCCUCGCGCACACAGUCAGGCAACUCUGUGCGUCAUCCAUCUAUUGGCACACUCUCCUCACAGACUCCUCUCGCCAUGCAUUCUCCUCCGCUGACCCCAGCGGGCACAUCCUCGAGAGAAGAGCGGCCCAGCGUGUCGGAUCAUAGGAAGCAAUUGAGCGACCCAGCCAUGAUAACGCCGCAAAUCUCACCCCCGCACGAGCCUCCCCCGACUUCAUUGCAAUCCUCUGUCCGCAACGCCGACCAACUCUCGAUUCCAGGAUCCCCAAGGACGGCACCACAGUCACCUCGGCCCUCAUCAGAGGUUCCCACCGUAUUCCAGCCCCAUCCCAAGCGCGGCCCCACUUUUACAGUUGGCCCCUCCGGUGAUUCUCUCCCGGCUUCCCGCGAUGCUAGUCCCUCCGGAUCAGGCGGAGAACGGACCCCUGGAACUUCGACCCCGGCCUCCGGUGGCCGCCCGUAUACACCCCAAAGCGAGAGGGAAGACACCUACGCCCGCUCCAAGCGUGCUGCACAGUCACGGAACCUCGAGUCGCUUGAAGCCCGCUUCAUCUAUGGCGGCCGCGAGGGCCGCUCAGCAGCAGGUUCCACAUACACGUUGCCUCGCUCCAGAGAUACCGACUCGGACAAGGAAGAGAGCAAGAGAUCGAGCAUCUUUGGGGGUUCAAAGAAGUCGCAUCGUCAGGGCACCGAUGAUUCGGCCACAUCGACCAAGCACCACCACCAUGGGUCCAUGUCUGAGCUGAAGCGGUUCUUUAGGAUUGGACACAAGAAGGACAAGGACAAGGAAAAGCGCAAGCAAUCACCAGCGCCCUCUGUCAAGGAAAAGAGGAACAGGUGCAGCAAAAUUGGAACAAUGACUCCUCCGUUGACGAAUGGCACGAUGAGUGUGCCAUUUGCAGAUGAUCACGGACUCCAAAGUAAAUACGGGAAAUUUGGCAAGGUGCUCGGCUCCGGCGCCGGUGGCUCAGUUCGUCUUAUGAAGCGAAGUAGCGAUGGCGUUACUUUCGCCGUCAAGCAAUUCCGGCCCAGGCAUUCGUAUGAGUCGGAACGAGAUUACAACAAAAAGGUCACGGCCGAGUUUUGCAUAGGUUCAACGCUGCACCAUGGCAACAUCAUCGAAACAAUGGACUUGGUCAAUGAGAAGGGCAGCUACUACGUCGUCAUGGAAUAUGCGCCAUACGAUCUGUUUGCCAUUGUCAUGACUGGGAAGAUGAGCCGAGAAGAGGUUGCGUGUAGCACGCUACAGAUUCUGAACGGAGUGACCUAUCUCCACAGCAUGGGUCUUGCGCACCGGGAUCUCAAGUUGGACAAUGUUGUCGUCAACGAGCACGGGAUUAUGAAGAUUAUUGAUUUCGGUAGUGCCGCAGUCUUCAAAUAUCCAUUCGAGGACGAGAUCGUUCUCGCCAGUGGCAUUGUCGGCUCAGAUCCUUACUUGGCCCCCGAAGUCUACGACCUCUCCAAAUACGACCCUCAACCCACCGACAUCUGGUCACUUGCCAUUAUAUUCUGCUGCAUGACUUUGCGAAGAUUUCCGUGGAAAGCACCCCGAGUGUCCGACAACUCAUACAAGCUUUUUGUCUCUCCACCAAACGAUGGACCAAGAUCCGUCACAGGGCCCUCCAAGUCUGUAUCCGAUCUCGCACACGCAUCAGGUGACGACCGCCGGAGUGGCACACAUUCAGAGCCUGUAUCUCGCCACGCAAGUUCGGAGCAGCCUACACACCAUGAGCACAAGUCUUCCGCACCUGCCGCUAGCAGUCAACAGCCCUCCCAGGUGAUCAAGGGCCCAUGGCGACUUCUCCGUCUACUUCCCAGAGAAAGCAGGCACAUCAUUGGCAGAAUGCUGGAAAUCGACCCCAAGAAGCGUGCUACGCUCGACGAGAUUAUUGGAGACAAGUGGGUGACUAGCACCCAGGUAUGCACACAAGAGGAGGGUGGCCGGAUCGUCCGCUGCGACAACCACGAGCACACCCUCGAACCUGGCGCGGGCGUCGGAUCCGCUCCUCCCGCACAGCAGAAGAAAUGA